UCUUGAGAAGAACGUGAGAGCUCAGUCAUAUCUGAAGUGUUUCGACGUCUUGUGGUGUUUGUGGUGCAGUGUCCUCUUCUUGUGGAAAGCGUGAGAUUUUGUAGGAGAUUGGAACGGAAUUCUAUAUACUUUCAAGGUAACAUUUUACAGAAAAUAUGCCUCCUGCCUGAAUUUCACAAAUAUAUGCUUCCUGCCUUCAGUUGAGAAAGGAUCCAUUGAAGAUCUCCAAGACAGUCACGGGUAUUUUCGUGUCGUUCUUCUCACUAAAGCUGGAAUAUUGUCGAAGGCUAUCGACGAGGGAUUGGCUAGUUUUCCUACUGUCAGCAUUGAAGAUACCACUUCAGAAAAGUGCACAAUUACUUUGGAAACUGGUCCACUGCUGCAAACUGGGACACUGCUGCCAACUGGGACACCCCUAGGAUCAUCCAUAACUCAGUAUACAGGACUUAGAAAUUUUCAGAAAAGAUGUCGUACAGAGGGCAGCUUGAUAACUAUAUCUGGUCACAGCCCUAUACUAAUUCUGGGCGCCCAGUGAAUUCGUCACAUCUACCACAUAAUGGUGAGUUUUCACGCCAGAGGAAAUGGACCCAGUCGCCUUAUGUGCAACCUGCAAGAUCUACUGAUAACUGCAGAGAACGCCACAAUCCAUACACUUAUCGUAACAGUAACUCGCGGGACUCUUGCAUAUCUGAUCGAAAUUGGUGCUUCAGUAAUAACAAGAGCCGUAGAGAACGUCCCCAUCCGUAUGUUGCCAGCUAUUAUCACACUAACUACUCUUACUUGGCAAGUGGCAAUGAGUUCCGCAGUAAUAGAAUGAGCCAAGUAGGACUACCUAGUGUAAAUCAAAGGACUAUUUCAAACAGAAAUGGUCUAGUGCCAUUCGCAAAUGAAGCUCGAGUUGACCAUCUUUCUAACAUUUCCUACCAUAGAGCGGACAGUUCUCUACCGAAAGAUUCGUCAAUGCCUGUCCCUGGAACUUUAAGAAACCACAGCCCACUGACGCCUAACGCUCAAAGCUUUAGGCCUUCUGUAUCUAUUAGAAAUUCUUGUAAUUUUCCAAAAAGUUCUUUAAACAUUUCAGACAAACCGCAAAACGUUUCAGAAAUGACAAAAUUUGUACAGAAUUGCCAGGAACCCACGUCAUAUUCCUCAUUUCCUGUACAUUUCCAGUCUAAAAGCACAGUCGAAGGUUUGAAUGGAGCUCCAACAGAGGAACCAUAUCUACAAAAUAACCAUGUUUUAGCAACAAAUCAUUAUAAUAAAACUACUCCAACGGUAAGUAACCUGAACGAAAGUAAUGCUCUUUACAUCCCUGUGAAACUUCUUGUGGUUACCAAUUCCCUAAUGCAGAAUGGGCUUUCCCUGAGCAUGGCAGCAUCACAGGGAAAUCCUCCGUUACCAACCAAUGCUCCAGGAAUCUGCUUACAGGAUGAGUCUCGUAGAGAUAACGUGUACGGAACAUCAUCAGAACGCAGAUCAGGACAGGUAUCCUCUAACAAAACUGUUAAUGCUAUUGCAAGACCAGUGCAGAACUGGAAGAGCAACGAUUAUAAUGACUGGACCCAUAAUAGCCUUUAUUCUUCAGCUCCUCCGUCACAAGAACUUCACUCAUCUUGUCAGUAUCCCACAUUGUAUUUGGAGGAUGGUUCACAAAAUCUAAGUAAGAGCUCUCGACCAACAACAGACCAGGGAAUCUGGAGGACUUCGACCAGUCAAUUUAACAGGCAAAUUAAUAAUGGAAGAUUUUCACAACCACACCAUAAUGGCACCGAAAUGAGCAAGAAGGCAGAUUAUUUAACUAAAUCUAUAUCCCCUAAUUUAGUUCAGAGAUCGAAUACAAAAGUUGAGCAGCCUAAGAAGGUAAAAGGCUCUUGCAGUGCAUUUGCAGGAAGGAACACGGCAGACAAAAUUGACUUAAAUCCUUGUCUGCCUAGCUAUAGAUAUAAUUCUGAAUGUGAUCCGGAUAAUUUCAUUACGAAAACGGAUUAUUUUUAUCAGGAAGAGGUGCAGUCAUCUACCGAAUAAUGUAAAUAUACUGGGCGAGGGUAUCCUUCGUAAUGAUAUUUAGGGAAUGUUUUGUCUGAUGUUGUGCAAAAUGCAAAAGUAGAGGAGAAGGAGAAUUUUCCAGGUGAUAUUUCUUUCUCGAAGUUAAAGGAAUUUCCGUUAGAACGAAUUUUUGGUGAAGGUUUACUUGGUAAUGCAGAGGACAGGGCAAGUAUAGGCGAUGCCCUACAAAGCCGUGGAUCAUUGUUUGGUGACCAAAAGAGUAGAAAGUUGGAGGGGGAUCAUUGUAAGGAAACUCAAGACGAGACUGGUAGAUCCAGUAAAAUUGUCCAGGAUUCCACUUCCUCCAGUUUUCAUGUACCGAAUCUCAAACGAGAAGUUGAAUUACACCAUGGGCAAGAUUAUACAAAGGCUGUAAACAAAGAAGCUGUUAUAGAUCCUCCAUGUUUAAGCAAUGAAACUGCAAAUGAUGUCCAUAGUAAAGCUGAAAUAUCAAAUUCCUCUCUUCCCUGUUUUGGAAAUGUGAAAUGCGACGAUGUUGAUAUUGAUUUAAAUGAUACAUUUACAUAUGAGACUGAUGUGCCUUCUCAUAGCAUGGACGAAAAAGUCGUCAUUGAAGAUUUCCUUCUGCAAGACUUCAAACAUGAAAAACGCGAUGAUAUUGAAAUUGUAUUUACUAGGCUGAAGAAGGAACUCCUUCCCUCUCCUAAGCUUGAAUGCAAGCCCUUCGUAAGAGGAGGAAGUACUGACGAAGGUAUAAUGCCGAAUGAACUUGACGAGUCUAGUAAGCCGCUUCUCAAUACGGGAGAUAUUACUGGCGAAGAAAUAUUAUCCAAUGAAGAUUUAGAACUUGCGAAUUGCGAAAAUAUCGACGUUGAAGAAAUUGAGUUCAGUGAUGCAGAUUUAAGGCAGUGUCCUACAGUGGAAGAGAAAGUUGUUGACAGAUGCCCAAAGGGGCAUUUCCUUCAUCCCCAUCAUGCAAUCUUCAACUUGAAGACUGGAAAAAUUGUUGUGCCCUGUAGGAAAUGCAACUGUAUCAUUUCCAUGAAGAGCAGAAUAACUUCGUUGUGAAUAAUAAAUUGCUGUAUUAAAAUCUAGUCAGUCACGUUUCAAAAACUUUGCUUUGAUUCAUGAGUCAAGAAACUGAUAUUACUUUAAAUGUUGGUAAAAUUAUCCAUCUACAUAAUUAUGUUAAAAGAUAUAGUAAUGUUUAUGAGUGUUCAACAGACACUCAUGACUUCCUAUGUAGUUUUCCUUAAGCACUUUAGAGAUGUGUAAAUUUAGUUUAUUGACCGUUCAAAUGCGCUUCCUUGCAUAUUA